AGCAUGACAGAUUGUAAUUAGCAGAAAGAAAUGGCGUGAUAGUAUGAUUUAAGACCCUACCAAAAAUACACAUAAUCGUGGCUGUCUGAAACCUUUAAAACAUUUGACAGACUGUUUGUAUGAUUUGAUGAGGUUAAUUUAUCCAAAUCAACACACACAACUCACCCCACUUCCCACAUUAUUCAUCAUUCCAACCCCAUUUCUUCCCUCUUUUUAAGCUCCCCUCUUUCCCACUUCUCCCUCCAUCAAUCCACUUUUCUCUCUAAUCAAAACUAACAUGGCUGAAGAAACACUAGUAAACCAUGCAGUUGCAGUUGUAACAGAUGUUGCAGAAGAAGCAGUAGUUGCGGCGAAUGAAGAUGUUUCGGCCAAGGAGGAAGAGGAGGCAGAUGCUGAAACAAAAGCUGUCAUUGAAGAUGUUUCCGCCAAGGAGGAGGAGGAGGAGGAGGUGAGUAGUGAUGUAAAGCUUUCUACUGUUGUUGUUGUUGAGAAUAAUGUUAGUGAUGAAAUUACUAGUGAUGAAGAUAAUGAUUUGUACCCUGAAAAUGAAAAGAAGGCGUUGGUUGAUCUUAAGGAGCUAAUCCGAAAUGCUCUUAAGAAUCAUGAGUUUAUAGCUCCUCUAGACUGUUGUCUGCGUCAACCACGAGUUGAGGAGGGUCCAACUAAGACAGAUGAUAAUGGUGAAGCUGAGACAAUAGUUGUAGAAGAAGAGAAAGAAAAAGAAGAGAAGAAUGAGGUGGCUACCAAUGACAGGCCGAAAGAGCCUGUGAUGGUAUGUGUAAAUGAGGAUGGGACCAAGACUGUGGAAGCCAUUGAGGAGACCAUAGUGUCAGUGGUUUCCGAAGAGCCACAUGAUGAGUCUUCUGCUGCUAGCGUUGAGCAAGAGGUGAAGACCACGACAGAGGCAAUAAAAGAAGUUGGUGCAACUUCUUUAUUGCCUCCAGAGGAGGUGUCCAUAUGGGGUGUACCACUCCUCAAGGACGAGAGGACGGACACCAUCCUCUGGAAGUUCCUGCGUGCCAGAGACUUCAAAGUGAAUGAAGCUUUCGCAAUGAUUAAAUCAACCAUCAAGUGGAGGAAGGAGUUUAAGAUCGACGAGCUGCUCGAUGAAGACUUGGGAGAUGACCUGGAGAAGAUGGUUUUCAUGCAUGGAUUCAGCAAACAAGGUCAUCCUGUAUGUUACAAUGUUUAUGGUGCUUUUGAAAACAAGGAAUUGUAUCAGAAAACAUUCGCUGAUGAAGAUAAAAGGCACAAGUUUCUCAAAUCGAGGAUUCACUUUUUGGAGAAAAGUAUCAGAAACUUGGAUUUUAGUCCUCGUGGUAUUUCUACUAUGGUUCAAGUUAAUGAUCUUAACAAUUCACCUGGACCUGGGAAAUGGGAGCUUAGGCAAGCUACCAAACAAGCCCUUCAAUUGCUUCAGGAUAACUACCCUGAAUUUGUUGCCAAACAGGUGUUUAUCAAUGUACCAUGGUGGUAUGUGGCAGUCAACAAGAUGAUAACUCCCUUUUUGACCCAGAGGACUAAAAGCAAGUUUGUAGUUGCUGGACCUUCCAAAUCUUCAAAAACUCUUUUCAGCUACGUAGCUCCAGAGCAAGUACCAGUUCAAUAUGGUGGUUUUAGUAAAGAAGGAGAAUUUGGAACCAAAGAUGGUGCAACACAGAUAAUUGUCAAGCCAGCAUGCAAGGAAACUGUGGAAUUUGCUGUUACUGAGGCAUGCCAUCUAGCAUGGGAAGUGAGAGUGCUUGGAUGGGAAGUGAGUUAUGGUGCUGAAUUUGUGCCAAAUGCUAAAGAUGGUUACACUGUCAUUAUUCAAAAAAUGAGGAAGGUGGGACCCACUGAAGAAACCAUUAUUAGCAACAGCUUCAAGACUAGUGAGCCUGGCAAAAUUGUUUUCACAAUUCAUAAUUCUUCCUCUAAGAAGAAAAGACUUCUUUAUCGCCUCAAAACCAACCCAUCCUUUGAUUAAGAACAACCUUAAGUGUUUUUUUUUUGAUUAAUUUUAAGGAAUGUCUUCUUAAUUAUUCAUGUAGUUAUGUUUUUAUCAUGAUUAUUGUUAAUAAUAUUAUUUUUGGUUGUGGUCUA